AAUGGAGGGGUGGGCUUGCCUGGACUUGCUGGGCUUCUGCGUGAUGAUUGGAGGGUCUGUUGCAAGACAUCUCCUUUUGAUUGACAGUGAUUUUGUACUAUAAAAGUCGCCGAAGCUAUUCAAGAUCAGUCCCAUAACGGAUUUUGCAUCUGUAGUUGAAAGACAAACUGCUGAAACCUAUUUCUUAGUAUUUGCUUGGCGAAAUUGCUAGCCAAUUUUUUCUCAUACAUUCACACAAUUAUAGGCUACAUCACUUUCAGUUAAUUUAACCUAAUGCCAUUAUUUCCUUCGUGUUUAAUAUGUUUUCGUUAGAUCGUUCGUUCAUUCAUUCGUUAAUUCAUUCAUACAGUAUGCUAGUGUCGUAGGGGUGAACUGAAAAUGUAUAUGAUGUAGGCCGAAAAUGAGCUUCCUCUAUUUGAAAGACCUGAAGCUGCCACUGGCUUGUCAUGACGUUGUAGUAUUUGACUUUAGGCAACUAUCGCACUGUGUUAACGUUCAAUCACCAUGGUAACAUGAUGACACAUUGAAGAUGUCAUAAAUGCAUUCCCUGUUCAUAAAUGACAAGCAUUCGAUUUAUAUUCAGAUCCAUGAACACAUCAUAUGAGAAGGUAAGACCUCGAUCCUAAAUUAAACAUGUAAGCUAAUUUAAAACAUUUGUUUUAAAACAAUGUACUUUGAAUAUAAUUGAAAAACAAUCAUAUCUGCGCUCAUAAAUACAUCAUAUGAAGGUAAGAUCUCGAUCCAAAAUGAAACAUGUAAGCUACUUUAAAAAAUUUGUUUCAAAUAUAAUUUGAAUAUAUUUGAAAAACAAUCAUAUUUGCGCUCAUAAACACAUCAUAUGAAGGUUGGAUUUAGAUCCCAAAUUAAAUAUGUAAGCUACUUAAAAAAAUACAAAUAAAAUCAACUUUGAAUAUUUUUGAGGGUGGCCGCGGCCACGCAAGAACCUCGCAAACCUCGGUCAAAAGAUGGCCAAAUUCAUGUUUGCGUCUAUUGGGGGAUAGCCAAACAAUAAUUAGGAUAUUGAAAACAUUUUGACAAUGUUGGCCUUUUAGUCUAAACAUAGCAGAUUUACAAACUGGCUCUUUCCAGUUUGGCCUCCAAUCCAAACCAUUGUUCUACGUCAUAAUGAAUAGAAUGUUUAGAUGAGCGCAGUGACGUCCGAUAUUUUCUCAACACAGUAGCACAGUUAUUUGUAUGCAUCUUUUAUGAUAUAUCUAAUUUUCAAUUGAUUGUGAAUGUAGAAAAGGAACAAUGAAUCCUGAUACAAAAAAAGACAAGGUAGGUCAACCUUUCAACACCGAUUAUUAAAACAGUAAACUGAUAUGGCUGUCCUGAUAGUUUGUGGAAUGAACUGUAGUUUGAUUGUUUCACAGAAGAAGCCUUCUGUAAGAGACCUUAAGGCAGAUAAAAAAGCCACAGCCACCGGGGAAAGUCUUUCAAAUGAGCUUGGUGCCAAAGGAGACAUCAAGCAGACUUCAAGUCAAUCUUCCAAGACGGUGGGCAAACCUCAGAGGAAGACCUACGCCUGUGUCCUGAAAGAGGCCGCAGGGGGCUGGGAGAAGAUGGCCAGACGGACCUGUCUGAUGACCGAGGAGAAGCAUCAAGACGUCCUCAGGUCAGCUGAGGCUGAGAAGCCCACUGCCAGAGAGAGGAAUCUGGCCAGGGAGGUUGAGAAGAUGAAGGUGGAGAGGAUCACCUUCAAGAACACAAUGCAGAAACUUCACCAGAAGCUCCUGACUGAAGUGAAAGCUCAUGUUCGAGCAGAAGAAGCUCUGGUUAGGGCUCGGACCACCCUGCGCUGCCGCGCCGCCGCCAAGAUGGAGGCAGAAAGAACCGCCAGCCUCGCAACAGCAAACUUGGUGGACCUCCAAAGGGCCCGACAGGAUCUGGAGGAUGGUUUGACCUCUCACCUCAGAGCCUGGGAGAAGGAGAGGGAGAAGCUGACAUCUCAGAGGAACCAGGCGGUCGAAGCCUUGAAGUUGUCCGAGCAGGGCCUCACUAUGGCCACAGCCAAGCUGCUGGAGGUGGGAAACAUGGCCCCCAAACCAGUUCAGCUUGGGGUAGAGUUCCAGACGGAGCUCUCUAGCCUCAGAGCUGAAAUCUGGGCGGCCCAAUCUGCCAGAAAGACGGCUGAAGCUAAAUGCAGCAUGACCAGGGCGAACCUCAUCACGCUGGAGAGGAACCUUCGGGCAGAAAUUGCAGAGAAGGAUGGGAAGAUCCUCGUCCUGUCCAGUGACAAGAAGGAGGCCCUCCAAGUGUCGCAGAAGGCAGAACAGGACCUGGAGGCUUUUAAAGCCAAUCUGAUGAAGAUGGCCAGUGUCAUGACCAGACUGCAAGUCAAUUUGAGGGAGAAGGACAAGCGCUGCCAUGAUCUGGAGAAAGCCCUGGACCAAGUUCAAGAUGAAUCCCGUCACAUCAGAAAGGAGCUGAUUAGUAAAUGUGCAGAGAUGGAGGCCCGAGAGAAACAGGCUGCAGACACAGCUGAGGAGUGGCUGUCUCUACAGAAACAGGCUGAUCAAUCAGCAGCAGACCUGAAGGCUCUGCAGAAACAGGCUGAGCAAUCAGCAGCAGACCUGGAGGAGGCUCUGCAGAAACAGGCUGAAACGAGGUGCCAGUCUCAGGAGACCCAAACUGAGGUAGUCCAGUCAUGUCCAGGGCCUACACUAAUUUUUUUUUUGCCCAUAGAUACAAGCCUUCUAAUAUGUCCUGUAAUGCAUAUUGGAGUGUAAACCCUGCAUGUUCCCUUGUGUACUGGGGUAGAUGUGUUGACACUGUUUUUCAGAAAUGUUUCGGCAAAAAGAAAAAGAAGGGUAGCUGCUUUGGCCGCAUGAUGUUCUGGAGAAAAUCCCAGCAUGCAUAGGGGGAUGUUAACACCUUCAUCCACCACCCUCGCCUCCUUCCCCCUACAACCCUCCUCCACCACAAACCACCAUCCUCUCUACCCUCCUCCACCACAAACCACCAUCCUCUCUACCCUCCUCCACCACAACAACCAUCAUCUCUACCCUCUAUCACAAACCACCAUCAUCUCAACCCUCCUAUAUUACAAACCACUAUCAUCUCCACCUUCCUCCACUCCAAACCACCAUGACCCUUACUGUGCACCCACACACAUGCACAUACAUCAUCCUUACCACCAUCCACCCAUCUGACCUUAUCCAAACACACACACACAUAUCCUUAAUCACCCUAACACCCUAACACUUGAUACAUGGCAUCAUGCAUAUCAACAUUCUUGCAUGCUGAAUAGCUCAAUAAAAGAUGCCUCCCAAAACUUGGGGUCUGGCUUUUUCCUUCCUCAUGAUAGUGGCGUAAGCCUUUGUACAAGGGAUGAAACUGACCUAAUAGAUAAACGUUCCAUGGAAUCACGUGACAUGGAAUGUGUUCUAGACUGAUAGUUACAAAGCUCUGUGUGUGCAUGUGUGUGUGUUUGAGGCACACAGCUGCACAGGUCAACAUGAAACUCGGAAUGAGCGGGGUGGUUGUCAUGACACCCAGCUGACUCUUGGCUCAAGGACCUGGCACCUGAGCAGACAUCCCAACCUGCAGAGACUCAUUUCCAGACCUUCCGGGAGACUUGGGAUGUCUGCCUGAGGGUCCCCUACUAACCCAUCAAAGCACUCCAUGACAACGCCUUCAAAAUGCUUUAUCGACACACAUUUUUCUUGACAAACAGCACCCCUGUACAACUGAACACAAAACAAGACGUCAGUGAUAUUGUCAAACCACAAAAAGUCCAGCUCACAGUGCUUUCGUUGUACAGAUCCUGACUAAUACUGUAGCCCAGUGUUGUUUUAUACCAAAGCCUCCUGCGCCUUAAUGAUGUAAACAACUCACACCCCACACAGCCUUCACUCUCUCUCCUCACUGCUCACUUUCUCACGCUCACUCAUUCUCUCUCUCCUCCCCUCCUUCUCCGUUACUUUAAUAACCACAUUCAUCAUAAUAAUAAAUAAUGACAAUCUCCAGGUCCAAUUAGGACAAGCUGCUUGACAGAGUUAGAGUCAUACCCCAACGGGAAUUGGUCACAACUUCUUCCAACUUCCAAAGACGUAACAAUAUUCGGUGUUCGGCAGGCAUCAAACUAGUUUCAUUACUACGAUACAGAAUACUAGUUCUCGGUUCUGCACAUACCAUUGUGUAACGUCAGCUGGGUUGCAGAACACCUAAUAACAAUAAGAUUUUUCGGCCGAGACAAACUGGAGACAGAGAGGAAAACAUUCCGCACCUGGACACGUGCGAUCACUCACCCCGACCCCACCACCCCUUGGUCCCAGUGGCGAUUUAUUUAAGACUACAAGGGAAGCUCAGCUUCCCCUAACAUUUCCCCAAAUUCAUGGUCAAAUAUUUUGAACA